CCUCCCGGGUGCUCGGCGGCGUCCCGGGCUCCGCUCCCCGCUGCAACGUCAACCUUGCACCGGCCUCGGCUCGGCGCCUCCCGGGAUCCUCGGUCUCCCGUGCUCCGGCGCCCGCCUCGGCUGCUGCAGCGCCCCGGGCUCGGCCUGCCGCUCGCUCCCGGCCCGCCCCCUAUGGGCCCCGGCUGGAGGCGCCCCCCGGCCCCGCGGAGCCCCGAUGCUGGCCCGGAGGAAGCCGGUGCUGCCGGCGCUCACCAUCAACCCCGCCAUCGCCGAGGGCCCGUCCCCCACCAGCGAGGGAGCCUCUGAAGCCAACUUGGUGGACCUCCAGAAGAAGCUCGAGGAGCUCGAGCUGGACGAGCAGCAGAAGAAGCGGCUGGAAGCUUUCCUCACCCAGAAGGCAAAGGUCGGGGAGCUCAAGGAUGACGACUUUGAGAAGAUCUCGGAGCUGGGGGCCGGCAACGGUGGGGUGGUCACCAAGGUCCAGCACCGACCCUCGGGGCUCAUCAUGGCCAGGAAGCUGAUCCACCUGGAGAUCAAGCCCGCUGUGCGCAACCAGAUUAUCCGGGAGCUGCAGGUCUUGCAUGAGUGCAACUCGCCCUACAUCGUGGGCUUCUACGGCGCCUUCUACAGCGACGGCGAGAUCAGCAUCUGCAUGGAGCACAUGGAUGGGGGCUCCCUGGACCAGGUGCUUAAAGAGGCCAAGCGGAUCCCAGAGGAGAUUCUGGGGAAGGUCAGCAUCGCGGUCCUGCGGGGUUUGGCUUACCUCCGGGAGAAGCACCAGAUUAUGCACCGAGACGUGAAGCCCUCCAACAUUCUGGUGAACUCCCGGGGCGAGAUCAAGCUCUGUGACUUUGGGGUGAGCGGGCAGCUCAUCGACUCCAUGGCCAACUCGUUUGUGGGGACGCGCUCUUACAUGUCGCCCGAGCGCCUGCAGGGCACCCACUAUUCGGUGCAGUCUGAUAUCUGGAGCAUGGGGCUGUCGCUGGUGGAGCUGGCCCUGGGCCGCUACCCCAUCCCGCCGCCCGACGCCAAGGAGCUGGAGGCCGUGUUCGGGCGGCCCGUGGGCGAUGGUGUGGACCCCGAGCCCCACAGCGUGUCGCCCCGCCCACGGCCCCCCGGGCGCCCCAUCAGCGGGCACGGCAUGGACAGCCGCCCGGCCAUGGCCAUCUUCGAGCUGCUGGACUAUAUCGUCAAUGAGCCGCCACCCAAGCUGCCCACGGGCGUUUUCACACAGGAUUUUCAGGAGUUUGUAAAUAAAUGCCUAAUCAAGAACCCAGCGGAGCGAGCGGAUCUGAAGAUGCUGAUGAAUCAUGCCUUCAUCAAACGCUCCGAGGUGGAGGAGGUGAACUUCGCGGGCUGGCUGUGCAAGACACUGCGGUUGAACCAGCCAAGCACGCCCACCCGCACCGCCGUGUGACGCCCCCGGCCGGCCGGGAACCCCCGAACCCACCAGACACUCACCCCUCCUGCCGGGGCACCGUGCCCUUCACCUCAGAACCCUGACCCCCAACAGGGAGAGAAAGAACAA